UGCUUGCACCCUUAACCAAGCUCCUUCCUCAUGAGGUCCCUAAGGAAUAGACAGUUCUAAGGCGCGGGAGAGACUUCUCUGGGCAGAGAGAGAGAGAGAUUUGCAGAAGAACUUCUUACCAAGAUAGAGCGAGGUGGCAUUUGGAGGGUUAGUGAGUGUACGCGGUGAGACUAACGAGUCGAAGGAGAGAAAGUGAAGAACCUGUCUUGGAGGAACGUUGGACGUAGCGAAGAGACCCAACCCAACGAAUGGUUAGAUGACCCAAGGAGAACAAAAUUGUACUUUGAGAUAUUUAGAAGGGAGUUUGAGUAGGAGACGGAAUGUGAAGAACGGGUGAAAGGAGAAGGGAUGAGCGACAAAUACUGGUAGCCAGAAGAACUUUAGUAAAAGAUACAGUUGGGAGGUGAGACUCAGCUGGUGGAAGGCGAGGGACAAAUGGAGAACCGGUACAAGGAACCCUCGAAAGACUCCAAAAACAAUGCCUGUAAAUCAGGCUGGUGGGGAGAUGAUAUUCAGUAUCAAUAUAUAAAACUCAGAGACUCCUCCAGCUAUGGGAUCCCCUGCCAGACAUCUGGCCCUCAGGAGACUCCAGGAGACCAGGCCCCGGCACAAUCAAAGACCUAUGGCCAUUACACCGAGGAACUCUCCAAUUUUGCCCGGAAAGAAGCAGCCAAAUUAUUGCGAGAAAAACCGAGUGGGAGUGUGACCAAACCACCAGACGUUAAAACAGAGUGUUACUCCAAGUGUCAGGUCUUUUUGCGGGCAGUGAAGCGAUACAUUAUCCGGAAGCUCGGGGAGGACUGGAUCUUCUUGGUUCUCCUGGGUCUGGUCAUGGCGCUCGUUAGUUGGGGUAUGGACUACGCCAGUGCCAAAAGUCUAAAAGGGUACAAGUGGAUGUAUAAGACCCUGGGACCCAACGUCUGGCUCCAGUAUCUCGCCUGGGUGUCGUUUCCCGUCAUCCUCAUAGUGUUUGCUGCUGCUUUCUGCCACCUCGUCUCUCCGCAGGCAAUAGGUUCUGGAAUCCCGGAGCUGAAGGUCAUUCUCCGGGGAGUGGUGCUGAAGGAAUACUUGACUCUGAAAGCUUUUAUGGCGAAAGUGAUUGGCUUAACGGCAUCGUUGGGGAGCGGGAUGCCCCUGGGCAAGGAGGGCCCGUUCGUACACAUUGCCAGCAUCUGCGCGGUUGUCCUUAGCAAGUUUAUGUCCGUGUUCUGCGGGGUGUACCAGCAGGCGUAUUAUUACACCGACGUUCUGACAGUGGGAUGUGCGGUUGGUGUCGGGUGUUGCUUUGGAACCCCAUUAGGAGGUGUGUUGUUCAGCAUUGAGGUCACAUCUUCAUAUUUUGCGGUGAGGAACUAUUGGCGUGGAUUCUUUGCAGCAACCUUCAGCGCUUUUAUAUUUCGAGUCCUUGCUGUAUGGAACAAAGAUGCAGUCACCAUCACUGCGCUCUUUCGCACCAACUUCCGCAUGGAGUUUCCCUUUGACCUCCAGGAGCUGCCUGCAUUUGCAGUGAUUGGCAUUUGCUGUGGAUUUCUUGGAGCUUUUUUCGUCUAUCUGAACCGCCAAGUGGUGUUGGGAAUCCGGCGGAACAAAACCCUGAGCAAUUUUUUGAGCCGUUAUCGUCUCAUUUACCCAGCGGUUAUCACCUUCUGUAUUGCGACGCUAACCUUCCCACCAGGAUUCGGACAGUUCAUGGCAGGAGAGCUUAUGCCUCGGGAAAGUAUCAGUGUUUUGUUUGAUAACCACACGUGGACCAAGCAUACGGGGGACACCUCAGUCCUUGGACGUUCCGCUGCCUUCAUCCACCCAAACAUCAGUGUCUUUGUCACUCUUCCCCUCUUUUUCAUCAUGAAGUUCCUGAUGUCUGUGGUCGCUACCACAAUGCCGAUACCAUGCGGAGCCUUCAUGCCGGUGUUUGUUCUUGGGGCUGCGUUUGGAAGAAUAGUUGGAGAGUUGAUGGCGUUUCUGUUCCCCAGCGGGAUUGAGUUUGACGAAAUCGUCUACAAAAUCUUACCUGGCGGCUACGCGGUUAUUGGGGCCGCUGCCCUCACGGGGGCCGUCACUCACACGGUCUCCACUGCCGUUAUCUGCUUCGAGCUGACGGGGCAGAUCUCCCAUAUCCUUCCUAUGCUUAUUUCGGUCAUCAUGGCGAACGUCGUUGCCCAGAACCUCCAGCCAAGUUUAUACGAUUCCAUCAUUCAGGUGAAAAGACUGCCGUACCUCCCAGAUCUGUCUUCAUGUCACGUCAGUAAAUAUAACAUUUUUGUAGAAGAUAUCAUGGUGAGGGAGAUCCGCUUUGUGUCGUCCCGCUGCACCUACGGAGACCUACUGAGCCUCCUGCAGAGCUGCGCGCACAAAACUCUGCCCCUAGUGGAGUCGGCAGAGUGCAUGGUGCUGCUGGGGUCCAUCGAGAGAUCGGAAAUAGUCGAUCUGCUGGAGAGAAUCCUAAGCCGGGAGAGGAGGCUUCGUCUUGCGUCUCCCCCCUACAAAGGUCAGAGGUCAACGGACCCAUCGGGCAAGAGGGACUCCUUCCGGUAUGUGGAUGAAGAAGAGACGGUGAUAGAAGAGGAAGUAAAGAAAGAGCUUGUAGAAGAGUGUAAUGGAUCAAUCAACCCAAAGAGUUCGGCUGAGACCACAAACGUCCCCCCGGAGCCAGCCAGCUUUUGUAUCAGGUUUCGCUCAGCAAUUCAGAGGAUAUUCUGCAACUCCGAGGAGGCCAUACCAGAAGAUCCGCCACAGGAACCUGAACUUGAAGACACCAUGACACCAGAGGAGAUAGCCGUGUGGGAGCAGCAGGAACUCGGGAAACCAGCUUCGUUUGACAGCUGCCUGAUUGACCCAUCACCAUUCCAGUUGGUGGAGAGGACAUCUUUGCAUAAGACGCACACUCUCUUCUCGCUGCUUGGCAUCAGUCACGCGUACAUCACCAGCGGCGGAAAACUCAAAGGCGUCAUUGCUCUGAAAGAGCUUCAGAAAGCGAUAGAAGGCACGGCCCAAUCUGGAGUCCGCCUGCGCCCUCCCUUCGCCAGUUUUCGUGAUGCCAGCCGUAGUUUAUCUCUGAAGAAAUCCCAGAGACAACCAGCAAGGGCUCCUCCAUCCCCAGACCCCUCCAUGCUCCUUGAUGACCCCACCACCCUCGCAACUCCAGACUCUGAGCUGGACGACCUGUCGGGUCAGGGGUCAGAGAACGUAUCCCAGAUCCUCAGAGACUUCCGAGCGACGUCCGAUCAAAGCGACGAUGAUGUUCCACUGUAACCUGUUGAGCGAGACAGCUGCAGUGCGACAGAAUGUGAUUCCUGGUAUCAGUCAGAGAUGGUCAGGAUACAUUUCAUUUAUUGGUACUAGCACUGCUUUGGACACUACUUACUGGACAGAUGUCAAUAGAUGUCAGCGGAUGCCACAAGCUUCUACACAGGGUGUUUUUGGCCCAUUCAUAUACUUACAUUAAGUACAUGCUUACCCUGUAUCCUGCUACUCAGAAGCUUGAAGAAUCUUGUUACUUUGUAUCACUUUCAAUAUGUCUACCAUGAUGCCAGAGCACACGGUGCAAGCAACCUACCUAGAAGCUGAGGCUUUACUCACCAUUCUCUGGUGCUUUUACAUCACCGAUGAUCUCCAACCAUUCAUCU